AGAAUGGAUCGACCAGUUUCGUCAUCGGCGAUAGUUUGCGCGUGUCGCAUACAACCCUCACCUCAACCAUUGCCAGUAUGUGUGUGUUUUCUUCGGAGUAGCGAAUCAUUUCCAGAUGUGUCAACCUUACGAGAUUGCUACCUCGUACGAAUCCGCGGCGCAGCGAGUUCCCUCGCGUCACGUUCGAACAAACCGCGGUAACGCAGUCGACAUUUCGUCCUUUAAUCAGAAGAAGUGACGAUCGAAAAUGCGUGUUAUUUUCGUAAAAUUUCGCGAAGUGUCGCAAAAAUAUCCAAUCGUAAGAGGGAUGGCAUCUUACACUGUCAUAUGGCCUACCGGAAGUUUGCUGCAACAAAAAAUCGCCGGAAGUGAAGAAUUAAAUUAUAUACAAGCAUUGAGAUUCAGUUUGUAUGGUGGUUUCUUUGUGGCUCCAACACUCUAUUGUUGGUUGAGAUGUUCUUCAUACUUUUGGCCCAAGUCAGAUAUUAAAUCUGCAAUUACCAAAGCUUUAGUAGAACAAGUCACAUAUGGUCCAACUGCAAUGUGCUGCUUUUUCUUUGGCAUAAAUUUCCUUGAAUUGAAACCAAUAGCAGAAUGUGUUGAGGAAGUUAAACAAAAGUUUUGGCCCACAUAUAAAGUUGGUGUGUGCGUGUGGCCCAUUCUUCAAACAGUCAACUUUUUCUUAAUUCCAGAACACAAUCGAGUAGUUUAUGUAAGUUUUUGUAGUUUAAUUUGGACUUCUUUCCUUGCAUAUAUGAAAGCGUUACAGGGUCAGAAAAAACAGCAAGAAGCAGUAACUGACAAUAAUAAUAAUACAAAGAACAUAAAACAAGUUCAAGAUAGUAAGAAUAUUGAAACUGUUAUACAAGGGGAAGAUAAUUAUAUAUAA